CCCAAACCCACUACCGCUGCUCUCUUUUUACUGGCCUUUCUCAUACGCCUCAACUGCCCUUUUCCUCUUCUCGCCUAUUUGCAUUUUCCAAUUUUCUUUUAGCCUUGCGCUGCCUUCUUUUUCCCACUGCCCGCACCCCCCUCUUCUCCAACCACACCUCAGCCAAAAAAAAAAAACCCCGUCCAACCGCAUCAACCUCUGUCCCACUCCUCCAUGUUCGCCUCUUUCAUGUUAGUCUCGUUCUUCGCAAUGUAAUGUAGCGUAAUCGUUAGUGCCGAGUCCCAUCCAUCCACAAAGCCAAGGCCCACUCCGGCUCAUCAUCUUGGCCUCUUGCCAUUCGUCCUUUUCAUUUGCCGCUUCAUCAUCUCUCUUCUCUCAAUGGAUCCGUCAUGAGGGGCGUCACCCACGUUGUUCUGUCCGUUGGAACGGCCCGGCCUCCGCUAGACCUCAAUGGCAGCUCUUGGAAAAACUAUAAAAGGGCUGCUUGAUUCCAUCUCCUCGUCAUUUCUUUCUCUUCCCUUUCCUUUCUUUUUCCUUCCUCAUCCAUCAUCGCCCACUUGAAGCUUCGCUCGCACAGUCUACACUUACACACACCAGCACGCUACUGUACCCCAACCACAAGGCCACUACCUACCCACAAACCUCCCCCAAACACAACCCAACACACUCUCCGACCAUCAUGUCUAGCCAAUUCGCUGCUAGUGGGUAUGCCCUACCAAUCAGCAUGCCCGGCAAGGGUAACCAGUAUGCUUCCUAUGCCCAAUACUCCAUGUCGCCCCCAGAGUGCGACGAUUCGUACAGCUCCGCCUCUGGCAGCGGUGCCUCUUACAGCGUUGGUUUCACCAACAGCUCUGCCGCGAGCUACAUGGGAAGCUCGCAUGGGGAUUAUGAGACGGUUGGUUCUGCAAGCGGAAUCGAUUUCCAAGACUACAUGCAAGACCGCUUUGCUGGGUCUUUCAACCCCAUCCCAAUGGACCGCAGCAUGGCUGUCCAAGCCCAAUCAUCAGGAAAACUCAACGCUAAGCACCGCGAACUCAUGGAACUCCAAAAGAAGGCGCAGGCUCGUCUUGCCCGAACCCGAGAACGCUUCCAAGAUGGUAUGCGCGACGCCCGUGAGGUUAGAGGUGAUCUAGAGUGGACGCAAAAGAAGGUCACGUCGCUCAACGCAAAGGCAUCUCGCAUGCGCCCCAAGGAGUACGCAAAGGCCCGCGCACGAUACCCUUCGCCCGAGUGCUAGUUGACGAAUUUACGAAUAUCCCCCUUUUUACGAAUCUCCUAUGUUUAGCAUUUUACGAAAGCGAAGCGAAAUUGUUUCAAUUUUUGUCGACAUUUAGCGAUGUUCUUGAUUUGCGGCUCAUUAGCCGAUUUCUGAUUGAGGAAAAAAAGUUUCAACCUCUGUUGUACGAAUGCUCGAAAAUCACGAAAGCGAACCGAGUCAACAAAAUGAGAAAUAUUUGGAGGAAAUGGCAUUUUAUUUGGAUUAAUGGCGAAAUAAUUUGUGCUCUGUGGCAGCAGUCCCUCUGCGAGCGACGUGUAAGAUGGCGAACCCGUUUGGCGGCAAUCUUGCAUAAUGUGGCCGCAUAUGUGCCCACCAAGAUCUAUUGCUGCUUUUACGUCGGCUAUAACGGGCACAGUGGCAUGGACUAUCGAGCCGAAACGGACACCUAGGCUAUAAACCGAAUUUGACAAGGUUCAUAGCUGACAGAAGAGCUGCCAAAUUGACAGCGUCGGUGACGACCUCGCAGAAUUGGUCUGAACUUCCGAUCUUGGCGUCAAGCGGCACGGCAGGAGCCGAUCUGGUGGUGGGGAAGCCAUCGUCGCCAUGGUAGAGAACUCAUCCUCAUUGGUUCGAUGGGAGAAAGCCAGGCCAGGGGUUGCAGGCAAGUUUGGCGGGCGACCACUCCGCAGCUAUAUCAGCGAGUUCGAUCGUGAGGCUGUAGACGGUUGGCGGCCAAACGGCUAGCUGGGUGGGUCAAGACAGUGUAUAUAGUACCCUUAUAAUACUCGGCUCGCACCCCGGGCGUCCUGUUUGAAAGACAGGAUCGUAAUGAAUUGAAUCUUCAUUGGCUCUUCUAACCCCUUGUCGUCACUAGUGAUCAAGCCCAGUAAUCCUUGCUUGUGUGUGUGGCGGUGCUGUGUAAAUAAGUAUCCUAUACCGUCUCCAAAAGCCACAGCCUUGCUUGCUGCGUCGUGUUUGUGUCGUCUAAUACCGAUGUAUCCGUUGUUCUGGUUGUAGCUCCCAAGCCAUCACGUGAUGGUUCGCUUUGAGUUUUUAGCCGUUUACAUCAUCUGACGCUCGUCAUGUAGAGAGGGAAGUUCUCCAAAUUGAUAAUCGUUUAAUUCUCUUCCUUAGAUUUCAUGAAAGCCAGAGUUUCCGCUAGGUUGUUGGUGCCACGGCUUCGAUUCCAGGCCAUUCGUCGAGCGGCUGCAGCCCCAUGCGUUGUUCUAACUGGGCCCACGGGUUUUUGUUCGAGUCGUAAUCGUAAUAUCCCUCGUACCAGGGUUUUCUGUUCGCGUUUUGCGUCUGAUAGCUGUCGUGAUUGCCCUCGUCAGGUGGUAUCCCGACACCAGCUGGUCGACUAGGAAGGCCAGCACCGGGCUUAAGAGUAUUUAUACCAGCCUCGUUCGAUCCAAUAGCAGUAUCUGAGGGUGCCUGUACCCCCGUCUCAUCCUUUAUAUCAUCAUCACUCUCGUCAUCCAGAUUAAUCUCAUUCUUGUUGAUAGAAGUCGGGGCUUUUGAGUUUCCGAGCGGCAACGAGUUCGCCCCAGUGCUUGAAGACGCAGCCUGCGACUUGACAUUAUGAACAGACAUUGAGGCAUCCGCUGCGGAAUUGUAUUUGCGCUUUUUGUUUGCCUGGCCUCCAAAUGAGGAGAAACCCAUCAUCUGGAGCAUUGCCUGGUCGUCCGUUUCGUCCGCCAUAUUGAUAGCUAUGACGUGGGCUUAAGAUCUCGAGAAACUUGUGGGUCGAUUCGAUAUUAUGCCACAAUUUUAUCUGUGAGUUGACGCUAGUUGAUUAUAGGAGCCGUUUCGUCAAAUAGUGCUGGGCCAUGGGGUGUCGUGGUUGUUAGAAGGUAAAG